AUGGUCAUCCACCGUUUAAUAAAAAGAGCUUAUUCUUCCACCUUGCUCUCGAGAAACAAUUCAUUUUACACAAAUCAACUAUUUCAACAACAGUGGAGACCAAAAUACACACCAUUAGAACCGAAAAGUCUUGGUUCACGAAGUAUACACCUCGUCCAACCUUUACCUUUCGUCAUAGAAGAGGGACUUCCCCCACUAUUUUCAGCUGAAACCUUGAAGGACUUAUGGGAGUAUCAGUCUUCACUUAUUGAUACCCUAAAUAAUCUUGUUGCCGGAACGGAAUUCGAACAAGAACACAUAUUCACGACCAUUGCGAAAACCGCGCAAGUACCGGAAAAGGCACAAUUGUUUAAUUGCGCUUCUCAAGUGUGGAAUAAUGAUUUUUUUCUGCGAACCUUGAGUACAAGUGGCAAGCAGCUGACACCUCUCUCAAAUUCGAGCGAAAGCAUCAAAUAUGAAUUUGGGUCAUUCGAAAAUUUCCAGAAUCAUUUUAAAUAUAUGGCCUUGGGUUUAUUCGGUUCGGGCUGGACGUGGCUUGUGUUGACCGAAUUUCGUGUCCUUCGAAUAAUCAACACGUACAACGCAGGUAUAAUCAAUGAUAAAACCGGUACCCUUCCUAAAGCAAACGCAUGUUCAACAAGUUUAUUGUUAUCAUUUCAAUCAGGAACUCCCCUCGAUACGACACGUCUUCAAUCCUACGAUCCCAACAACCAUCCUUCGCCACUACCCGAUUCGCCAUUCUUUUUCACCGCCACCUCACCAUUCUCACCAACCGCCAACAUCAAUGAAUCGACAAAACCUCUUCCACCACCAUCCAUAAAAUUAGUUCAGGAACCAACGCACCAAUCAAAAUUCAUCCCUUUGUUAGCACUGAAUGUAUGGGAACAUGCGUACCUUCGAGAUUUUGGCAUGGAAGGCAAGGAAAAAUACAUAGACGCGUUUUGGAACUGUGUCGAUUGGUAUAAGGUGGAAGAACGAAUCACUGCCUAUCAGUUGCGAACAAAUUCUACCUUUACGUCAAUUUCGGACAAUGAUUUAAUGUUGUCUCGUGAUGGUCGAGGAAAUCUUGAAAGAAAGGAGAAAUCGCCAUUCGUUAACUUUAACGCGAAUGUGAACACGAGCGAUCCUGUUUAA